AUGAACUAAAAAGUGAAAAUUGAAUGUGUUAAAUAAGGAUAUUAGAUUAGUAAUGAAAUGAAAUUUGAUAUUAUGGAUUUUUAUAAUAAAUCUUUACAUCAAGAACAUUAUGCUCAUAAAACUGAUUAUAUUAGACAUAAUUUAGAAGAGAAAUAUGGUAUAUUAUUAAACAUUUAAAAAACAGGACGUUGUUUUUCAAUUAUAAUGUAUUAGAUUGGUGCUUUUGUAUCUCAUUCAUUUUUACAUGCAGAUGAUUUCUUAUUAGAAUUAAGAUCACAUGAACAUCAUAUAUUAGCAUAUAUGUUACCACCAUCUUUUAAUCCUCCUCCUUUAAUACCUGAACCUAAAGUCAUACCAUUUAGUAGAUCAACUACUUAACCUCUUCAUGUUACUAAAUAAUUGUAAUUUUAUAUUGUAUUUAUUUGUAGUCAUAAUAAUGGGUAUUACAGAUAUUGA